UUUUCUUUCUUUUCUUUUUUUUUUUUCACUUCAGAUUACUUCACACUGCACCACAUAGCAUCAAACAUGUCCCGUUCCCUCGAAGGAAAAUUCGCCAUCAUCACCGGUGGCUCCCGCGGAAUCGGCGAAGCCAUUGCCCACAACCUCGCCAGCAAAGGCUGCUCUCUCCUUCUAAACUACACCUCAGACAGCUCUCGCACCCGCACCGAAUCCCUCUGCAACACCCUAUCCACCACGCACAAAAUCACCUGCAUCCCAGUGCAAGCCGACCUCUCCGACCCCGACCCCGCCCCCGCCGUCAACACCAUCAUCUCCGCCGCCAAAACCCACUUCACCUCGCCCACCACCAACACCCUCACCAUCGACAUCCUAAUCAACAACGCCGGGGUCAGCAAAGACCGUUUCCUCAACGACCCCUCCUCCGGCCCCAUCGACCCCGCCUACUUCAACUGGCACUACACCAUCAACGUACUCGCACCGCUGCUCCUCACCCAAGCCUGUGCGGAGUACCUCCCGCGCAAGCCCGCGCACAGCGGCCGCAUCAUUAACAUCUCGAGUAUUUCGUCCUCGUUGGGGUUCACGGGCCAGUCGGUGUAUGGGGGCACGAAGGCGGCGUUGGAGGCGAUGACGAGGACGUGGGCCCGGGAGUUGGCCGAUGUGGCGACGGUGAAUGCGGUGAAUCCCGGUGUCGUUUUUUGGAAGCAGAUGCAGGGGUUCCAGGAUAAUACGCCGUUGAGUAAGUUGGUGGAUGGGGAGGAGGCCGUGGAGGAGUUGCUGAGUGAGGAGCAGAAGAGGUUGAUUAGGGAGAAGAUGGGUGGGAGGAGGCCUGCGUUUACGAGGGAAAUUGCGGGCGUGGUGGGGAUGCUUUGUACGGAGGAUGGGGCGUGGUGUAUCGGGAGUGUGGUUUGUGCUAAUGGGGGGUUGAAGUUUACUACUUAAGUCGCUUUUUUGCCUUCCUUUUGGCUUAUCCUUUGGAUAGUAGAGAUGCUUACCAGAGUAGAGGGCGUUGCUUUGCAUUGAUGAACUAGAGUGUAUUACUUUUAUUUCUAGAUUUAGAAUCUG